CCACCAUAUCCAAAACAACAAACACCAUAUUUGCCUUGUCUGAGAGUAUAGCAAAAAUGUUGAGAUUGAUUGCAGCCUUUAGCUCGACAUGCCUCCUCAUGGCCAUGUUAGCAGUAGCUCAACCACCAUACGAGUCACAGCCUUUCGUGCUCGAUACCAAUGGUCAGCCUCUUGAACGCGGUGUAGCAUACUACAUCGACCCUGAUGUGACCGAUAUUGGUGGUGGCAUAACCCUGAUUGACAGGAACGGCACCUGCCCGUUGUUUGUUGGGCUAGACGAGCUUGCCGCUUCUAAAGGCCUUCCGGUCACCUUCACACCAUUUUUCGACAAUGAAACUAAUGUGAGAGAGUUUAGUGACUUCAAAGUAGCGUUUACAUCUGACGUCUCCACCAUUUGUAUCCAAUCUUUGGCUUGGAGGGUAGGGGAAGAAGAUCCGGAGACAGGGAGGAGGUUCAUUGUGACUGGAGGGGAGCCGGGAUACUUCAGGAUUGAGAAGAAUGGAAGUGUAUACAAGUUGGGAUGGUGUCCAUCGGAUGCUUGUCCUAAUUGCAGGCCGAGGUGUGGGGACGCUGGUCUUCUGGUUGAGAAUGACAAGAGCUUUUUGGCCUUGGAUGGCCCUGCACUCCCUGUUGUAUUCAGGAAGGCUUAAAUGUGUUCGUGACUUCGUGUGCCACAUAAAAUAAAAGUCGUCUAUCCUCAGGAGUCAUGGCUUGGUUGUCAGAUGUCCUAUUAUAAUUGUAUUGAAUAAGAGGAAUAAUAAAUCAAUAAUAAGUUCUGUUACUUCUCAUUUAAUCUAAUAAUUGAAGGGAAAAUGGUGUUAUUUAAUCUUGUGCUGUUCACAGUUGUAAUGUAAUUUUUAUCAAGUAUCUUCUUGUUUUUCUCAAAUUAGUGACAAAUAAAAAAUACAUAAAGAU